AUGAUGUUGAUCAGCCACCAUUCAGUCGACGGGACUCUCGCCUCACAACAUCUAAAAAAAGCCGCAUCCGAUGAAACUCGAUCUCAACCAUCACCCAUUCCAAAUCCAAAUUCAAGAUCCAAACAACGAUCCUCUAAUCAACAUUGCUAUGUGAUCCCAAUCCACCCAUCUACUCCCUCUCCGCUAAGCCCCGCCCCAUCCCUUUCCCAUAACGACCAGCAGGAGCCAUUUGUUGUCCCCCCGAAAUCCUCAGCACCCCAAGAAAUCCAAGCCGAGCCUGUGCUAGCCGACCUUUUAUUCACGCUUCGUCAGCUAAGAAUGACGCAACCGGAUCGACAUCGCGAGGCUGUCGAGCGGUUACGGGAAUUGGAACAAGAGUUACGCGAAGCUGGAGCAGUUUGUCCACCCGAUCCGGCAGUGGCUGAGGCUGUGGCACGGGCGUUGGCCUCGGCCACGCCUGGGCACGAUCUUCAAAUCCGGGUGAAUCAGUCGAGACACACGACGACCACGAAAACCGUCUAUGAGACGGAAACGCCGGGAAUGCUCGGCUUGUCAGCGGAUCACAUUCGUACAUUCCAUCGACAAAUGCUCGACAGUUUGGCUUCUGGCACAACCUCAGACUCCCACGUCGAGUCAGGCACUACCCAGAAGAGAGAGACAGCCGAAGAGGGAUUCACUGAUGAGGACGGGGCGUUGGUUGUGAGCAAAAGAAUGACACGACUCGUCACUACGACUAGGAGUGCACUGCCUGGUGAAAGCGAGGCGAAAGAAUCCGAAUCACCGACUGAAUCGCUGGGAUCGGUGAAAGAUAGGAUCGCAAUUUUUGAAUCGAUCGCUCAAGAAAAAGAGACCUCGCCACCAAAAGAAAUUAUCGUGAAAAAAGAUGAUCAUUUACCCGUUGAGAUCAUCGUUACACCGAUGACACCAACUCCGAGAGAUUUCGAUGAGAAACAUGAGGAAACAUUUGAACAGAAAAGUCUUCAGAAAGAAGAACCCGUGACAUCUGAAGAAGAAGUGGAAGAAGAGGAUGAACACGGGAAUGUUCGGAGAGUGAUUCGGAAGAAGAGAAUCACCGAGAAGUACACGAGGACAGAGUUCCAUAUUCCGGGAAGAGAAGGUCGUGAAGCUGAAAUUGAAGAAGUUGAGCCUGUUGGAGUUGAAGAAUCUGUUGUUGCUCAACAUGGAGAACCUGCUGAAUCGUCUGAAGAAGAAGUUGAAGAAGAGGAUGAACACGGGAAUGUUCGGAGAGUUCUUCGGAAGAAGAGAAUCACCGAGAAGUACACGAGGACAGAGUUCCAUAUUCCGGGACGGAGAACUGAAUUUGGUGAUGAAGCAGAAGAAGAAGAAGAAGAAGAAGAAGAAAAAGGAGAAAAACAGUUUCAAGAAUCGCCUGAGCCACAUUUGACUGAGACUGAAGAUCGUCAAGAAAAAGAAGUUGCACCUGAAUUGAAAGAGGUGGAGGAAUCGGUGAAAAGUGCUGAGAUUCGAGUCUCACCUCCAGCUUCAAUUUACAGAGAAAGUCCAUCUGAUGAAGAAGAGAGAAUUGAGAAAAGGAUAGCUGAAAAGUCCUUUGGAAGAAAGACA